GACCCCUUGAGAGGAGUGGUGGCUUUGAGUGAAACAGGAGGUCAUUGGAGAUUAUUCUGGAGGCAGGGCCCCAGAGAAAAUGGCCAUGGAGCUGUUGUUUAUUUAAGUCACGGUCAGAGGGGAGUAAACUGAAGUGAUCCCAAUUUUCAAGGACAAAGCUAGACAGGGAACCAUCCAAUGGGAUGUGCAGGGGCAGAUGUUUAAGUAAACUCCCCCAGCCAUAAAUUGCCCUGAUAGGCAGAAGGGUGUGUCUCUCUGGGAGGGGACCAAAGACCCUGACCUGGAGACAUUGUGAUGACUGAGCAGAGAUAAAAGAGGAGGAGACUGAGUAGCUGUACUUCUAGAGCCAUUUGAGGCUGCUGCAGAGGCUGGUGACCUCUAGCUGGAGAGCACAGUGGAGAGCUCUAGGCUUCCCUUGGGACUAUUUCCAAGGUCCAGAAUCAACCACAACUUCUCAAGUUACCUGAGAGCAGAGCAGGGGCAGGGCCAGGACACCAGCAGAGGAGAAAGAGCUUAGCUAGCCAAGCUGAAGAAGACAGAGGUCACUAGGGACUACUAGAUCAUGGCAGCAGCAGCCGCCUGGAUCCUGGCACAGUAAAUGAUUUCCAGCAGCUUAAAGUAUUCAUCUGUGUGGGAUAUUGCAUAAAUCUUGGAAGACUGCAAUAAAGUGGCAAUGUCCCGGGAACCUACCCCACCUCUCCCUGGAGAUAUGUCUACUGGUCCUAUAGCAGAAAGCUGGUGUUAUACACAGGUUAAAGUAGUAAAAUUUUCCUACAUGUGGACCAUUAAUAACUUCAGCUUUUGUCGAGAGGAAAUGGGUGAAGUGUUAAAAAGUUCAACAUUCUCAUCUAGCCCCAGUGACAAAAUGAAAUGGUGCCUGAGGGUAAACCCAAAGGGAUUAGAUGAUGAAAGUAAAGACUACUUGUCCUUAUAUUUGCUUUUAGUCAGCUGCCCAAAAAGUGAAGUUCGAGCAAAAUUCAAAUUUUCCCUUCUAAACGCUAAAAGGGAAGAAACAAAAGCAAUGGAAAGCCAAAGAGCAUAUCGAUUUGUACAAGGGAAAGACUGGGGUUUUAAAAAAUUCAUUCGAAGGGAUUUUUUGCUUGAUGAAGCUAAUGGUCUUUUACCAGAUGACAAGCUUACAUUAUUUUGUGAGGUGAGUGUGGUCCAAGAUUCAGUAAAUAUAUCAGGACAUACUAAUACAAAUACUUUGAAGGUGCCUGAAUGUCGACUAGCAGAAGAUUUAGGUAAUCUCUGGGAAAACACAAGAUUUACAGAUUGCAGUUUUUUUGUGAGAGGACAAGAAUUUAAGGCUCAUAAAUCUGUACUUGCAGCUCGAUCCCCAGUUUUUAAUGCAAUGUUUGAACAUGAAAUGGAAGAAAGCAAAAAGAAUCGAGUGGAAAUAAAUGAUGUAGACCCUGAGGUUUUUAAAGAAAUGAUGAGAUUCAUUUACACAGGGAAAGCACCAAACCUUGAUAAAAUGGCUGACAACUUGUUGGCAGCUGCAGACAAAUAUGCACUGGAACGGCUGAAGGUCAUGUGUGAAGAAGCUUUGUGUAGUAACCUCUCGGUAGAAAAUGUUGCUGAUACCCUUGUCCUUGCAGAUUUGCACAGUGCAGAACAGUUGAAAGCACAAGCCAUAGACUUUAUUAAUAGGUGCAGUGUACUUCGACAACUUGGGUGUAAAGAUGGGAAAAACUGGAACAGCAACCAAGCAGCAGACAUAAUGGAAACAUCAGGGUGGAAGUCCAUGAUUCAGUCUCACCCUCAUUUAGUAGCAGAAGCCUUCCGAGCACUAGCAUCUGCACAAUGUCCACAGUUUGGCAUUCCACGCAAACGGCUAAAACAGUCCUGAAAUCUUCCAUGAACUGUAGAAAAAUGGAAUUGACUUUUACUCCUCCAGGUCCAGAAGGAUUCUAAUAACAAACCAUAAGCAAGAGUUGUUUCUGUUGUCUUGUCCACGAACAGAAGCUGAAAAAGCAUAUUGCUUGCAUUUCAGGUGGAUAAUUUAUGGUUUAUUCUUCAGCUUUAAAUUAGACUGAUUAUACUCUAAUUCACUUCAAGGCCUUAAAUUAUCUUCAAUGACUUCUCUUGUUCAUAUAAUACUUUAAUUUUUUUAUUGUGCCUUGUCAUUUUGACUAAGGCUAUGCAGGAUUGCACUAGCUCCAUAAUGCAGUAAUAUUGAUAACUGAAGAUAUUAAGUUUCAAAAGGAUCUUCCAUUAGUUUGAGAAAAGCAAAAUGAAUUUUAUAGGGUUUGUCCUAUGCUAUCUCAAAGUUUAAAACUAGGUUCUUCUUAAAAGCACUCGUAUUGGAAAUUACUGGUAAUGUCUCCAGUCUAAGUCCUAUACAUAUAGGAGAACCUGCUUACCUUCAAAGUAAGUUACGGCAAUACACUGCUUCAAUUCUAAUUUAUUUUUCAUUUCAGGGGGCAAAUAUGCAAUGAGUUGGCCCAAAUUUUUAGUAAAAUUUGGAUGUUUUUCUGUGUGUUGACUGUCCAGCAGACUAAGAGAAGCAUAACAAACCUUUGCUUGUGUUUCUUUGUGGGUUUGUUCAAGUUUACAAUGACUGAGAACUGAUUGAGGUUAAGAUUUCAAUAAAAAGAAAGCAUGUUUUGUGCUGAAUUAAUUUUUUUUUAAUUUGUAGUGACCUACAUUUAUAUGAAGAAUUCUGUCCAUGUUGAAAGAAAGGAUGACCAAAUGUAAAUUUAAUGAGUGGGCCAAUUAAGAAAGAUAUAUAUAUAUGCACUUUUCAUGUGUAACUUUUGUAUGCUAAAUGGUACAUAUAUUUUUUGUUUGUUUUUGAGGGUAUUAAUAAGGUAUAAUUAAUUGUGUCUUAACUUUUGCAAGAAUUUUUUAAGACUGAGGGAGGCAACUGGGAUGUUUGUGAUAAUAGAUAAGAAAGGUAUUCUUGAUUAUAGUUAAAUUGGUUUGAAUUUCAGAUAUUUAUUAUUGAAUUUACUCUGUCUUAUCCCACUUUGGAGAAGGCAAUUGAACAAUAAAAUUCUGGACACUCUACUCUCCUUCUAAAAAUAGUGAACUGAUAUUUGCAGACUAAAGGAGAGAACCCUUAGAAAUAUGUUAGGCCACACUCUGAACCUUUUCCCCCCUAGCUUUCUCCUUUCUGUUUCAGUUACUGUACUAACAUUGUGGAUGAUACUGAAAUUCUGCAUAAUGUGAACAGGAUAAACUAUUUAUAAACUGCUUUUCAUGGGCCAGUUCUUUAUUAUACAUGAAUUUAGCUUUAAACACAUACACAUGUUCAGUGUUUGAUAGCUCUGUUCACAGUGAAGGUCUGUCCUGGUGCAUUGUCCCAGAGAAGUAGGAGCAGUGGCAAGUCACUGCAUCUGAUUUCAUGGAAUAGUGACAAUAUGCUUCUUAGGCAAGAUUUAUACUUGACCACAAGGGGAAAAGUGUGUCACUGGAAAAAAAUGCAUAUACCUAUAUAUUCACAUACAUACUUUAUUCUCCAGAUUAAAAUUUGUAUAAUUUGUUUAUUUAGUUUUUGAAUUUAGAACAAAAGGAAAAAAAAGGAGCCUGAGGUUUUAAAAUAGAUUUUAUUUUUGUUAUCUCUUUGUUACAUAUUCACUGAAGCAGUCAGAAUAUAUCAAGAGUGAUUCAUAUUUACAUUGAACAAUCACUAUCAGAUAAGCAUUUGUUAACCACAGCAAACUAGUUUGAAAAGAUCAUAUUUUCAGAUAUCUUCAUUUCUUUCUAUGUAGUUUAAUUGGAAUCUUGUUAAAUUUGAAAUUGGAAGAAUCCCUUGAGAUAGAAGGAUUCUUACAUGUGAUUGAACUUCAUCCUAUGUAAGAAUACUAUAGGAAACAGAAACUCACUUCCUUAACCAAGUUGAGUCCAUUAAAUUUACAAUGUACAAUUUAAAAAGUACAUACGCACAUACAUAUACACGUUAAGAUUUUUAAUAUUUUGCCAGGGUCUUACAACAAAACAAAAUUCCUCAGGCUAUAGAAUUUUGUUGUCAUGAGUCAAAAAAUAUAUAUAUAUUGGUGUAUCCAUUUAUAUCAAAUGCACGUAGGCACAUUGUGAAUUAAUUCACUGCUUGCAUCUACGUUUCUAACCAUAGUGACUUCAGUAAUAACACCCAUAUAAUGAGCAUUUCGGCUUGCUUUUACCUACUUAAUUUAGUGUUUAUUGCAAAUCCUAAGGGUUUUAUUAUAAAGGGUUUUUUUCGUUUUUUGUUUGUAGUUUGGUAGUACAUUUUGUACCAAAAACGUCAAACACUGUGCUGUGAGAAUAUCCAUGUCUCUAGAAAUGUCCACGUUUCAGAUAAUAUAAUGCCUACCAUUAUACUAACAGAAUCCUAUCAUAGUUGAUUUAUUUUUUUAUUUAUUAUGGGUUGGGGUUUUUGUUUUUUUGGGUUUUUUUUUUGGUUUUUUGUUUUUGGUUUUUGUUUUUUGUUGGGUUUUUUUUUGGUAUUGUGGGUUCUUGAGGCAAUGAAAAAAAAACUUAAUGUAUUCUGACAAAAGUGCUCUAAUAGCCUUUUUAUUUUCUCGUUUUGAAACUACACACUACUGUGUUCAGUAGGCACAGACUGUCCUGAGCAGCUUUGCCUUUUAUCAGCCUGCUCUUGUUUUCCUUUUGUCACCUAAACAGAACUUUUCCUUAAAAAAGAAGUGAUUGGUUUUAAAUGUUAUAUGUUAUCACAGUAACCAUUAGAAAACUGUUCUUCAGCUUGAGAUACAGAAACACUAUAUUUGUGCCUUUUUUGUUUUUAAAUUUUAACGUAUAUUGGUAUUUAGAGCACAAAUAUGAAGGUGCCAUAAUGUUAUGGCUUGCCAUUGUUACCUCCUUGAAUACUCAUGUGUCAUUGUCUUGAAAUAGUAAUUGGAGAACCAUGCAUGUAUUAUGUCAUUUGGGCGUGUGUGUGCGUGUUUGUGUGUGUGUGUACAUAUACUUGUAUUUGCUUAGACUUGUGUGUGGUAUGUUCAGAAGAGUGAAUUUCUGAAAAUAGGACUCAGUUAAGUGUUGAAAAUUCAGGUUAGUUGAAAUAUUUCAUUAAAUGUGCUUUAUUUGGGGGGACAGUUGAUGGACAAGAAAUUAUAAUUUUCAAAAAUGUGACCUUUACUGCAUGAUGAAAUAUGAAAACAGUGCCUUUUUAGGACAUCAGUUUUAAAGUUCAGUUUUAAAAUAUUCGCAAAGAACUCUUAAAAAGUAACCAUGAGCAUUAUUAGCUUAUUUUUAAACUAGACCUAAGUUAGAAUUUAAAUUGCCAAAAAUGUUAUACUAAUUUAUUUAUCCAUUUAAAUUUUGUGCAUAAAUUUAAAACCCAAGUAAAAUUUUUAUUAAAAUAUGGGUCAUAUAUGCUACCCAGUGUUACUAAAUUAGAACACUAGAGACUUCAGUAAGUUGUUUCGUUAAAAUCCACCUCAACAAAGCUUUCUUCAUAACCAUGUAUAUAUGAAAAGGUGAAUUAUUCUGAUUUGGACCUUCAUGCUCUUUGAUGGAUAAAAGUCAGUGUAUUCUUGCAAAAUAAUGUGGGUGGGUGAGUGUCUUCAGAUUAUAAAGACAGCACUUUCAGCAUAUAGAAGAGUAUUGUGCAAACCUCUUUUAUACAGAUUAUGAGCUCUACUUUAUUUAAGUGUUCAUGGAAUGAUGUCAGUUUUAGGUCCAGGUGAACAAAUAUUGAGUGCCUAACAUAUGCAAGACUUCCUCUUCACUAGGAAUGAAAUCACCACACCGUGUCUUCUGUUUGCAGUAUGUGGACUUUAUGUUUGAAAAGGAAUUCUUAUAUUUAAAUAUUUUUCUGUUAGAGUUUAUUGUUGUAUACUGUAACCCAGCUAAUUUCACAUCCAGUUUUUUAGAAUGAAGAUAUAACUUAAGUGAGUCCCAUUUUUGAAAAGAAACUUAUGCUAAAAUUAUUUAAAAAUUAAUUCUGGGGGAAAUUGAUUUUCAAGAUUCAAAUGUGUAAAGACUUAUAUUGAACUUUUCAGCCUCAUUUUUAAUCAGCUGAUGUUAAUGAUAAGAUACAUACUUUUUGUAUCUUGUUGCUGAAAAUAUUUUUUGCAUUUCAGCACGUUGAGUUAAAAUAAAGUUGUUACUACUUAUUCAGAA